AUGAGGAGGCACAUUCAGUGUGUCGAAGUGUGCACCCUUGUCGCGGAAGCUCAGCACAACACUACUGGACCAAUUAGGCUCUGCGACUCACACGAGAAUCAUUGCCUUGAAGUCCGGAGGGUAAAUGAGACAUUUGACGACUUCAACCAGUGUGCAUUCCGUUGUGAUGGUUGGACUACGUUGGAAAACACUGAAGAGCACACUACUACGGUCUGCAACGUAGACGGCGUGUGCGAGACAGCCAGUUUCUUCACAAAGCCGAACGAAAACAACGCACUUGAUGGUCUGAAGACCUGCUUCAAAGACUGCAUGCCUCCUAUUGCUACAGAUAUGGAGACUGUUGAGGAGGAGAAGGUGCAAGAUCCAAAUGAGGGUAAGUUUAUCUUGAUCUCAGUUUGUUAA